AACGAAUCGAAUUGGUUAUUUCUUCACUGCAAGAAAUGCAAUUGGAUUGAAGUGUGCAUGGAUUUGUACAAACUGAGGUUUGGCUCCCUGUAGACGGUGAUGGCCCCAGGUGAUAUGGUGCCGGAACAUGCCAAGCAGCAUAAGCUCAAGCAGGAGAAGGAGAAUCUUCAGAGCACCACCAGGCCUGAUGGAGACUCUGAGCCAGAUGGAUCUUUUGUCUUUGAGGCCCACGGGGCAUGGAAGGACUUCCACAACUCUUUGCGCCAGUUCUACGAAGUGGGGGAGCUCUGUGAUGUUACACUGAAGGUGGGAAGCAGGCUGAUACCAUGCCACAAGCUGGUGCUGGCCUGUGUCAUUCCUUACUUCAGGGCCAUGUUCUUGUCUGAGAUGUCAGAGGCCAAACAGGACCUGAUAGAGAUCAAGGACUUUGACGGAGAUGCCAUCCACAACCUGGUGCGUUUUGCCUACUCCUCCCGCCUGACCCUGACUGUGGACAACGUGCAGCCUCUUCUCUAUGCAGCCUGUAUUCUGCAGGUGGAGCUGGUUGCCAGGGCCUGCUGUGAGUACAUGAAGGCACACUUCCACCCCUCCAACUGUCUGGCUGUCCGCACCUUUGCCGAGAGCCACAACCGCGUCGACCUGAUGGACACGGCGGACCGUUAUGCUUGCGAGCACUUCCAUGAGGUGGUGAACUGUGAGGACUUCCUGUCCGUGUCGCCUCAGCACCUGAGAACCGUGCUGUCCUCCAGCGAACUGAACAUCCAAUCUGAGACACAGGUUUACAAUGCUGCUGUCAAAUGGCUGAAGGCCAACCCCCAGCACCAUGAGGCCUGGCUGGACCAGAUCAUGACUCAGGUGCGCCUCCCCCUGCUCCCAGUAGACUUCCUGACAGGCACGGUGGCCAAGGAGGAGAUGAUCAAAAGAAAUCUGAGCUGCCGGGAUCUGCUGGAUGAGGCCAGGAACUAUCACCUGCACCUCAGCAACAAGAUGGUGCCUGACUUUGAGUACUCAGUCCGCACCAUACCUAGGAAACAUACUGCAGGUGUAUUGUUCUGUGUUGGUGGCCGGGGAGGUUCUGGUGACCCGUUCCGCAGCAUUGAGUGUUACUCCAUCAGCAAGAACAGUUGGUUCUUCGGGCCUGAGAUGAACAGCAGGAGACGCCAUGUUGGAGUAAUUUCUGUAGGAGGUAAAGUGUAUGCAGUAGGGGGCCAUGAUGGUAGUGAACACCUGGGCAACAUGGAGAUGUUUGAUCCUCUCACCAACAAGUGGAUGAUGAAAGCUUCCAUGAACACUAAAAGGAGAGGCAUAGCUCUGGCAGCUCUGGAAGGUCCUAUCUACGCCAUCGGUGGUCUCGAUGACAACUCCUGUUUCAACGAUGUAGAGAGAUAUGACAUCGAGAGCGACCACUGGAGUGCUGUGGCGCCCAUGAACACGCCCCGAGGUGGAGUGGGCUCUGUGGCCUUAGGGAAUCACGUGUAUGCUGUGGGGGGUAAUGACGGUGUGGCCUCUCUAUCCAGUGUGGAGAGGUUUGACCCACAUCUCAACAAGUGGACAGAGGUCAGGGAGAUGGGCCAGAGACGGGCAGGGAACGGAGUCGGCGAGCUCAACGGGUGUCUCUAUGUAGUGGGUGGUUUUGAUGACAACUCCCCGCUGAGUUCUGUGGAGCGUUUUGACCCCCGUCUGAGUCGCUGGGACUACAUCUCUGAGCUGACCACGCCCCGGGGCGGAGUGGGUGUGGCCACGGUUAUGGGUUGCCUGUUUGCGGUCGGAGGUCACAACGGGAACAUCUACCUCAACACAGUGGAAGCCUUUGACCCCCGUAUGAACAGAUGGCAGCUGGUGGGGUCGGUGUCUCACUGUCGGGCCGGCGCAGGAGUGGCUGUCUGCUCCUCUCACAUCAGCCAGAUCAGGGACGUGGGCCAGGGCUCCAGCAACGUGGUGGACUGCAUGUGACCUUUGAUCCCUGAGCUGACCACACCGACCAACUGCACGAGCAGACCAACCCAACCCAAGCACUCAACCACACUGUCACUGAACAGGAGCACUAGUGGUUGUUCCUUUAAGCACUGACUGGAGGGUUCUCCCCAAAGAUUGUAAGAGGAGCGCUGCACUACCUUGUGAACUAGCUGCGCCACUUUGAGAAAUAAAAUACUUAACAAAUAAAGUUAUCAUAUAAGGCAACUGUUUUUGCUCUAGAUUGCAAGAAAUGGCACUUACAGGUGUUCAAAAACCUUUAUCAAGUGAAAAUGGCUGAUAGUUGAGCUUCAGACAUCAUAUUAAACAGGCCUUGAAGAUCAACUUGUAUGUUAAGAGCAACAAGUUAGUACUUACAAUGCAUUCGGAAAUUAUUCAGACCCCUUGACUUUUUCCACAUUUUGUUACAUUACAGCCUUAUUCUAAAAUUGAUUAAAUAGUUUCCCCCCCUCAUCAAGCUACACACCAUACCCCAUAAUGACAAAGCAAACCAUUUUUGAAAAUAUCACAUUUACAUAAGUAUUCAGACCCUUUGCUCAGUACUUUAUUGAAGCAUCUUUGGCAGUGAUUACAGCAUUGAGUCUUCUUGGGUAUCUUCUUGGCACAACUGUAUUUGGGGAGUUUCUCCCAUUCUUCUCUGCAGAUACUCUCAAGCUCUAUCAUUUUGGAUGGGGAUCGUCAAUGCACAAGUCCGGGCUCUGGCCGGGCCUCUCAAGGACAUUCAGAGACUUGUCCCGUAACCACUCCUUCGUUGUCUUGGCUGUGUGCUUAGGGUCGUUGUCCUGUUGGAAGGUGAACCUUCGCCUCAGUCUGAGGUCCUGGACGAAUGUAUGUUUUUAAAAAUACAUUAUAAGUGACCCAUACACUGAGAAGACCUUAUCUGUUUUAUAGGCUUACUGCAAGUAGGCUAAACACAGACAAGACAGAAAGAUAAAUGCGGUAAGAGACCCACUAAAGCAGCACCCGCCCCCUUAAGAUUCUGAGCCUGUCUUGCAGGGUUGGUCUUACAAAUCCAAAGCCCCUGGAUUGGUGAGCAUAAUAUACAAGGAAUUUCUCAGUGCUGCUAAUGAGAACAUUGACGACCUUGUACCUAGCGGUGGGAAUUCCUGUGAGGUGCCCACACCCAGGUAGUGACAGUACUGGUCGUACAGUCAGAGAGGGGGCAAAUUAUUGUGGCCCUGAUAGCACAAAAUAAUCAAAGAACUGCACAGAAAUGCUUGGGAAAAUGGUCACAUCGGGAGACGUGUAUGGUGUGUAUCAGAUCUCCAUCAGCUAGGACUUGACAUUGGUUAAUGAAAUAUCCCCAUUAUUGCAAAAUCUUGCAUGACUCUCAAACUGCUACAACUGUAAAUGCAUUCGCACAUCAAGUCCUUUCAUGAGUUGGACUCAGGAAUGGAACAACUUGAACAUCUGAGCUUGUGGUUGUUUAUGGGGGAAGGGUGGGGAGAGUGUGUAUUCCACAUCUGUUGCUGUGGAUUAAUGAUGUUAAGGACAAAAUAGGAUGAAUCACAAUAACUGUUUGCCAAAAUAAUUGCUUGCCAAAAAUGUAAUUGUUGUAAUGGCAAUCCUGGUUACAGGUAACAAUCCUUAGCAUGAACUGCCUACAUUAUUAUGCAUAUUUUAAAUUAAAUUAAGAUAUGCAAUA